CCAUGGUGGGAACCGCUACAGAACUAGUAAAAGUGUGCCAAACCACCAAAGAUGUGCUGAGCUGAAGAUAGGUUUCAGUGCGCCUGCGUGUGAGUGAGAUAAAGAAAAGGGAGCGAACUCUGCCCUCCUCCCUUCACACUUUUAAAAAGGAAGCAAGACUGGUGCAUUCCAAGACUGCAGGUAAGACAACAUGGAGCUGGAAAAGGGCACUCUAAAUCUGGCCUUCCAGGAUGUGGAAGAUGACAAGAAGGUAGAGGACAGCAGCACCACAGCAGAGCCAGGAGAAAAGGUGGUGGCGGACUCCCCCAUGGAGAGCCCGGAACUGGUGGAGGAGUACACCGAGAUCAAGCCGUACGCCGGCAUGCCCAAGGAGGUGUUGUUGCUCUACUCUUCCCAGGCAUGCUACAGAGUCCCGAGAGAGAUCCUGUUCUGGCUGACGGUGGCCUGCACACUGGUGCUGGUGGCUCUCACCAUCACCGUGGUGGCACUGUCCCCCCGCUGCCUCAGCUGGUGGCAGGUGUCCCCCAUUUACCAGGUCUACCCACGCUCAUUCAAGGACUCAGACGGAGACGGUGUUGGAGACCUCAAAGGCAUUCAGGAGAAGCUGGGCCAUUUUGAGUACCUGAGCAUCAAGUCGGUGUGCGUCGCCCCCUUCUACCGCUCUCCCAUGACGGACUUUGGCUACGACGUGGAAGAUUUCCGCUCCAUUGACCCUCUUUUCGGGACCAUGCAGGACUUUGAGGACCUUUUGGCUGAGAUGCACAAAUUAGGUUUGAAGCUGAUUAUGGACUUUAUCCCCAAUCACACCAGCGACAAACACCGCUGGUUUAACCUGAGCCGCAUCAGAGAUCCACACUAUGAGGACUACUACAUCUGGGCGGACUGCAAUGCAACAGGACCAAAGCCCAAUAACUGGGUGAGCGUGUUUGGGAACUCAUCAUGGACGUAUGACGGAGUUCGGGGACAGUGUUACCUGCACCAGUUCCUUCAGGAGCAACCUGACCUGAACUUGAGAAACCCUCACGUCCGCCAAGAGAUGCUUGAUAUCAUCAGUUUCUGGCUGGACAAGGGGGUGGACGGCUUCCGAAUAGGUGCGGUCAAGCAUCUGCUGGAGGCCACACACCUGAGGGAUGAACCCCAGGUUGAUCCAAAUGAACGUCCUGAGUCCGUGACCUCCGAGUGGGACCUCCACCAUGACUACACCACCACUCAGCUGGGCCUGCAUGACCUGCUGAGGGGGUGGAGGGCUCUCAUGGACGUCUACAGCCAGGAGCCUGGCAGAUACCGGCUGAUGGUGACAGAAUCCUACGAUGACCAGGAGGUGGACAAGACCAUGAUGUACUACGGGACGCCUCUGGUGAAAGAGAGCGACUUUCCCUUUAACUUCUACCUCAUGGAUCUGCCUCGCAACACCAGCGGCUUGUGGCUCAAACAUCUGGUCCACCUUUGGAUGGGAAACAUGCCCUCAGGGCUGUGGCCCAACUGGCUGCUCGGGAACCACGACAAGCCUCGCAUGGCCUCCGCUGCGGGUCAGCGCUACGUUAGGGUCAUCAACAUGCUCCUGCUGACCCUUCCCGGGACGCCGUCCACCUACUAUGGCGAGGAGAUCGGCAUGGAGAACAUCAACGUGACACAAAGUCAGAUUCAGGACCCUGCAGGCAGACACAAUAUGAGUGCCGGUAGAGAUCCUCAGCGUUCUCCAAUGCAGUGGAGUUCUGCCGUCAAUGCAGGCUUCAACAACAGAACCAACAUGACGUGGUUGCCUGUGCAUCCUGACUACAGUCGAGUCAACGUGGAGGUCCAGAAGCAAGACGAAGGUUCGAUCCUGUCUCAGUACCGCCUCCUCAACACGUUGCGUCAGCUGGAGCUGCCGCUUAAACGAGGCUGGUUCUGCUACGUCCACGCAGACAACAAUGUCUUCUCCUACAUCCGAGAACUGGACGGGCUGGACCACGCCUUCCUCCUGGUGCUCAAUUUCGGCCAAGAGUCCGCCGCCACGGAUCUGUCCUCUGUCGGCGAGCUGCCCGAGCAGCUGAAUGUUCUGAUGAGCACCAAUCGAACCAACGACGGCAAUGUGGUGCACAAAUCUCAGAUUCUGACCGAGGCUGGAGAGGGAUUGAUGAUUCGGUUCUCCGCCCACGCGCGCUUUAACACCAACCAUCCUGGACAGUGUUAUGUCUCUGAGAAAGCCUGUUAUUUAAGUGUGAUGGACAUUCUCUAUACCUGCUAACAUGAAGGAAAUCUUUACAUCCUGCAGCAUCUUUUAAUGGAUCCCAUGAAGUUGUUCCAUGUCUUAAUUCAAUCAGAAAGCAUGACAUCCCUUCUUGUCCUGUCUUCUGCAAAUGUGCAGCAGCACAAAACGUUUGGGUUCUUCUCAUCCACAGUCUUUUAUCUCUUCCUCCGCCGUCGAGAAGAUCGAGGCGGAUCCAGGCCCAGCUCCUUGUAGAGAAACGCUAGCUUGAGGGCUUCCUGUGUUGGGGGAGAACAGACAUUUACAAUAUCUGAGACAAGUGAGUAAACGCCUCACAUUUCAGCAAGCAUUUUAUGACAUCUUGUCAAGGGACAAUACUAUAGAAAGUAAACUCGGUUAUACUACAGAGUAGUCAGUAUACAGCGUGUUUAGCAGUAUAGGCAUACGAUCCACUGAAAAUGAGUCAACACAAAGGCAUGGUUGCCCAAAAUAGCUGGCAACACAACUGUGUACACCUCACAGUGAACAUGUCCAAAUUGUGCCCUUGGUGUGAAUAUUUAGUGUGAGCACUAUUGUUAUCUAGCACGGCCUUAAUCCUCUUGGGCAUGGAAUUGAGCAGAGCCGCACUGGAAUUCUCUGCCACUACUCCGUGAUGACGUCACUGAUGGACAUUCGACAUCUUCGGCUCCUCCGCCUUCUUUUCUUCCACUUGAGGAUGCCCCAAAGGUGCUCAAUUGGGUUCAGGUGUGGAGGAGACAUACUUGGUCACUCCAUCACCUUCAGCUUCCUCAGCAAAGCCCUUCUUCACAUCUUGGGGGUGUGUUUGGGCUCCUUAUCAUGUUGGAAAACUGCCAAGCAGCCCGGUUUGCCAAGAAAGGGCAUCAUGCUCUGCUUCACAAUGUCACAGUAGAGGACGGAAUUCAUGUUUUUCCUCAAUGAACCGCGGCUCCCGGAACUGGCAGCACUCAUGCAACAUGCUUGAUAUGGGGCGCGACAGAAUUAUCUUGCCAUCACUUUUUAGACAGUAACGACUGUGUGGCGACUCAUUUUCAAUAUACAGUAAAUCUAUAUCACGGUACAAAGAUGUACACUGACUACUCCAAAGGACAAGUUUACUUUCUCUAGGAUUGUCCCUUGAAAAGAUUUAAAAUUGUUGCUGAAUUGCUUUAUUUCGAUAUACAGUAAUCCCUCACCACUUGGAGCUUUGAAUUUCAUGGGUUCACUCUUUCUCACGGUUUUCAAAAAUAUAUUAAUUAAUAAAUCAUGCUUUUUGUGGUUGAAUACGGCCUAUUAUUAGUAAAAAAUAUGCAUACUUAAGCAAAUGAUACUCAUUUUUU